CCGAGAUUGUCAAAAAUCAAAAGUAGGACGUGCCCAAAUCAGCAGUUCAGCACUUUACCUCAAAAAAAGGGAAAAAAAAAAACAGCAGUUCAGCGCAAGAAAAUAUAUAACAAAGCACAGAAAAGCAUAUGCCGAUUAAGACGGGGUGAAAGGAGAAGCCUUCAUCGGCUCAUCAUUGCCAUGGAAGCUUAAUAAGAGAAGGGGGAAAGAGAGAGAGGGAUACUUUCUUGUUCUUCUAAACCAGAGCGUUCUGACUUCUGAGUCUCUUCUUUAAAACUCUAUGUGGACAUAAAUAAUAUGUUGUAUCAUUUGCAAAAUUUGGAGGCAAGAGCUUAAUCACUAUUCUAAAAAUGUGUAAUUCUGAUUGAACCUCACAGCAGAAUGGUUUUAUCGAAUAGUUUCUGAUUGCAGAAAGGCUGAUUAACAGUGAUUUUAGGGUUUGUAGGUGAUUUUCGAUUUUGGUGGUUACUUUGGAAGGCGAAGUUAAUUGGUUCUUGAUCAGCUUCGACACAGCUAGGGCUUUUUUUUUCCUGAUUGGAACUGUUGGUUCAGCGAUGCCAGAGUUUGGUGGAUCAGGGAAAGUUUGAUCGCCGCCGAAGGCGUGCGGCUUCUCGUCGUGAGGGGGGUUUUGUAUGGAAACGCGGAGUCGGAAGCGGGCGGAGGCCUCCUCAGCAGCCCCUUCAUCUCAGCCCACUACCCGUUCGAGCAAGAGAGCUCGUCUGUCUGUUGCAUCGCCCUCGUCUAUUCCCUCCAUUUCGACAAUUUCCACUCGUUCCCGCCAAAAUUCACGGUCCCAAGAAUCAUUGGCAUCUGCUGCUCCCAUGGAUUCUAAUAGCGAAUCAUCUGGUUCUGCUUCCCGCCGCGAGUCAUCCAGCCGACGUGCAAGGAAUCAGGGUUCGGAGAGAGAGAAAGAUUCGGAUAAAGGGAAAGAGAAGGAGCCUGAAAUUAGGGCUAGGGAUAGGGAACGAGAUAGCUUAGGAUUGAGUAUUGAUGGUAGUGGCGGUGGGAUUGAUGAUGAUAAUGAUAGCGAAGGAGGCGUUGGCAUUUUACACCAGAAUUUGACCUCUGCGAGCAGCGCUCUUCAAGGGCUUCUUCGGAAACUUGGUGCUGGAUUGGACGAUCUUCUUCCUUCCUCUGCUGUGGCAGCAACAUCAUCCUCUCACCAGAGCGGGCGGCUUAAGAAGAUAUUGUCUGGGUUGCGUGCGGAUGGAGAAGAAGGGCGUCAGGUUGAGGCCUUAACUCAACUCUGUGAUAUGCUCUCCAUUGGGACUGAAGAAUCGCUGAGCACGUUCUCUGUUGAUUCAUUCGUGCCUGUUCUUGUCGGACUGCUUAAUCACGAGAGCAAUGCUGAUAUCAUGCUGCUAGCUGCCAGGGCUCUCACCCACCUUUGCGAUGUGCUCCCAUCGUCCUGUGCCGCUGUUGUUCACUAUGGCGCUGUUUCAUGUUUCUGUGCACGGCUGCUCACUAUUGAGUACAUGGACUUGGCUGAACAGUCUCUGCAAGCUCUUAAGAAGAUUUCCCAAGAACACCCAACUGCCUGCUUGCGAGCAGGUGCUCUUAUGGCAGUGCUAUCUUAUCUGGACUUUUUCUCGACAGGAGUUCAGCGAGUUGCAUUAUCUACUGCUGCAAACAUAUGCAAGAAACUUCCAUCAGAUGCAGCCGACUUUGUGAUGGAAGCUGUACCACUGCUUACAAACCUUCUUCAGUACCACGAUUCAAAGGUUUUGGAGCAUGCUUCUGUUUGCUUGACUCGAAUUGCAGAGGCUUUUGCAUCAUCACCAGAAAAAUUAGAUGAACUGUGUAAUCAUGGACUAGUAGCACAAGCUGCAUCUCUUAUUUCUGUAAGCAAUUCUGGAGGUGGUCAGGCAUCCCUUAGCAGAUCUACUUACACGGGUUUAAUCCGCCUGCUUUCAACAUGUGCCAGUGGGUCUCCUUUGGGUGCCAAAACUCUACUUCUCCUUGGCAUCAGUGGCAUUUUGAAGGAUAUUCUUUCUGGAUCUGGCCUAGUUGCAAGCAUUUCAGUUUCACCUGCUUUAACCAGACCACCAGAGCAGAUUUUUGAGAUUGUGAACCUUGCGGAUGAGCUUCUUCCCCCUCUGCCUCAAGGAAUUAUUUCUCUUCCAAUUUGCUCAAAUUAUCUAGUGAAAGGAUCUGCCACAAAGAAAUCUCCUGUCAGUAGUUCUGGAAAGCGAGAGGAUGCAAAUGGAACUGUGCAUGAGGUUUCUGCUCGUGAGAAAUUAUUGCGUGAUCAGCCUGAGCUUCUGCAGCAGUUUGGAAUGGACCUACUUCCUGUACUAAUACAGAUCUAUGGAUCCAGUGUAAAUGGUCCAGUUCGCCACAAAUGCUUGUCAGUAAUUGGAAAGUUGAUGUAUUUUAGCACAGCAGAUAUGAUUCAGUCUUUUCUAAGUGUAACAAAUAUAUCAAGUUUCUUAGCUGGUGUUUUAGCAUGGAAAGAUCCACAAGUCUUGAUUCCUGCCCUUCAGAUAGCUGAGAUUCUCAUGGAAAAGCUUCCAGGAACAUUCUCCAAGGUGUUUGUGAGAGAAGGGGUGGUUCACGCUGUAGACACACUUAUAUCAACUGAUUCUUCAAAUGCAGCCAAUGCCCAAUCUUCUUCUAUGGAGAAGGAUAAUGAUUCUAUACAUGGAUCAUCACGUUCUAGGCGCUAUCGACGGCGCAGUGGUAGUUCAAAUCCAGAUGGAAGUGUUUUGGAAGAAUUGAAAACUGUUCCACCUGGAAGUGUUGGUUCACCACCAGUAUCAUUAGAAAUCCCAAUGGUUAAUUCUAGUCUUCGCAUUGCUGUAAGUUCUUGUGCAAAAUCAUUUAAAGAUAAAUAUUUUUUGGCAGACACUGGGGUAGCUGAAAUUGGUGUUACUGAUGACCUUAUGCGUUUAAAAAAUCUUUGCCUGAAGUUGAAUGCUUGUGUUGAUGAUCAGAAGACUAAAGCAAAGGGUAAAUCAAAAGCUUCUGGCCCUCGUCUAGCUGACAUUUCAGCUAAUACUGAGGAGAACUUAAUUGGAGUGAUAUCUGAAAUGCUAACAGAAUUAAGUAAAGGUGAUGGUGUUUCCACAUUUGAGUUCAUUGGUAGUGGAGUUGUUGCAGCUUUACUGAACUACUUUUCCUGUGGAACCUUCUCCAAGGAGAGAAUAUCAGAAGCUAACCUGGCUAAACUUCAGCAACAAGCACUUGGAAGAUUUAAAUCUUUUAUUGCUGUUGCUCUUCCUGCUGGUGUUAAUGAAGGGAAUGGAGCUCCUAUGACUGUCUUGGUUCAGAAGCUUCAAAAUGCUCUAUCUUCCCUGGAGCGUUUUCCAGUUGUAUUGAGCCAUUCCUCUAGGUCAUCUAGUGGAAGUGCACGCCUUUCCUUGGGAUUGAGUGCGUUGGCUCAGCCAUUUAAGCUGCGCCUGUGUAGGGAUCAAGGAGAAAAGUCUCUUCGUGAUUAUUCAUCAAAUGUUGUAUUGAUUGAUCCCCUUGCAAGUUUGGCUGCCGUUGAAGAAUUUCUUUGGCCAAGAGUGCAGCGAGGUGAAUCUGCACAGAAACUUUCGGUAUCUUCAGGAAACUCUGAGCCUGGUUCUGCACCUGCCGGGGCUGGUGUUUCAUUUUCAUCUGUAUCUUCACCUGCAUCUUCCACUUGCCGCCAUUCAACUAGAUCCAGAUCAUCAGUAACCAUUGGAGGUUCAACCAGGAAGGAUCCUCCUCAAGAGAGUAAUUCAAGCUCUUUAAAGGGGAAGGGCAAAGCUGUUUUGAAAUCUGCUCCAGAUGAGACAAGAGGACCUCAAACAAGAAAUGCUGCACGCAGAAGAGCAGCUUCAGAUAAGGAUACUCAAAUGAAACCUGCACAUGAGGAAUCUAGCUCUGAGGAUGAGGAGUUGGACAUCUCUCCAGUUGAGAUUGAUGAUGCCUUGGUGAUUGAAGAGGAUGAUCUAUCAGAUGAUGAAGAUGAUGAUCAAGAAGAGGUGCUAAGAGAUGAUCCUCUUCCAGUUUGCAUGCCUGAGAAAGUACAUGAUGUGAAAUUGGGUGAUUCAUCUGAGGAUGGUACAGCUACCCAUUCAACCAAUGAUAGCCAGACUAAUCCUUCUGGUUCUACCAACAGAACUUCCACAGUUAGGGGCAUGGAAUCUACUGACUUUAGGAGUGGGAGCUCAUUUGGUUCAAAGGGUGCAAUGUCAUUUGCUGCAGCUGCCAUGGCUGGGCUUACAUCUGCAAGUGGUAGAGGUAUCAGGGGUGGCAGAGACCGGCGGGGACUUUCCCUUUCUGGUACUUCAAAUGAUCCUGCUAAAUUAAUAUUUUCAGUGGGUAGCAAGCAGCUCAACAGACAUCUAACCAUAUAUCAAGCCAUCCAACGCCAGCUUGUUUUGGAUGAGGAUGAUGAUGAGAGGUAUACUUGCUCUGAUUUUCUGCCUGGUGAUGGAAGCAGACUUUGGAAUGACAUUUAUACCAUCACAUAUCAGAGGGCUGACAACCAGAUAGAUAGGAGUUCAAUAGGAGAUUCUUCUUCCACUACUCCAUCCAAAUCUGCCAAAGCCAGUUCUACCUCCAACUCUGAGUCUUCAUGGCAUCAAACCUCUCUUUUAGAUAGUUUCUUGCAGGGGGAGCUUCCAUGUGAUCUAGAAAAAGCUAACCCAACUUAUUGCAUAUUGGCAUUGCUGCGUGUGUUGGAAGGUUUGAACCAGCUGGCGCCUCGUUUACGAGUCUUGGCAUUAUCCGAUGAUUUCUCAAAGGGGAAGAUUUCUACUCUAGAAUUGAGUACAACUGGUGCCAAAGUCCCUUCUGAGGAGUUCAUCAAUAGCAAGCUCACUCCGAAAUUGGCUCGUCAAAUCCAGGAUGCAUUGGCACUGUGCAGUGGUAGUAUUCCUUCUUGGUGUUCCCAGCUCACUAAAGCAUGCCCAUUCUUGUUUCCAUUUGAAACUAGGAGACAUUAUUUCUAUUCUACUGCUUUUGGGCUGUCUCGUGCAUUGCAUCGAUUGCAGCAGCAACAGGGUGCUGAUGGUCAUGGAUCAACAAAUGAAAGAGAGAUCCGUGUUGGGAGAUUACAGCGGCAGAAGGUUCGUGUCUCCAGAAAUCGAAUUUUGGAUUCUGCAGUAAAAGUUAUGGAGAUGUAUUCAAGCCAAAAGGCUGUCCUGGAAGUGGAAUAUUUUGGUGAGGUUGGAACAGGGUUAGGUCCCACCCUGGAGUUUUAUACCCUUCUAAGUCAUCACCUUCAAAAGGCUAGCCUUGGAAUGUGGAGGUCUAAUUCUUCUUCAGAUAAGCCAGCAAUGGAAAUAGAUAGAGAUGAACAGAAAAACAGAAAAAAUAAUGAUAGUUCAGAUGCAAAGAAACUUGGAUCAGAUUCUUCUGCAGGUGGAAGAGAUCUCAUACAAGCUCCUCUUGGGUUGUUCCCUUGCCCAUGGCCUCCAAAGGCAGAUGCUUCUGAGGGUACCCAGUUUUCCAAGGUGAUUGAGUAUUUCCGGCUUGUUGGACGAGUGAUGGCAAAAGCUCUUCAAGAUGGACGGCUUCUAGACCUUCCAUUGUCAACUGCAUUUUACAAGCUUGUGCUUGGUCAAGAGCUUGAUUUGCAUGACAUUCUCUCUUUUGAUGCUGUAUUUGGGAAGAUUCUGCAAGAGCUGCAAAUCCUUGUUGCCCGGAAGAAAUAUCUUGAGGCAAUGGGCCGUAGGGAUCAAAUUGCAGAUUUAAAAUUCCGUGGUGCUCCUAUUGAAGAUCUCUGCCUGGAUUUCACACUUCCUGGUUAUCCAGACUAUGUUUUAAAACCAGGGGAUGAAAAUGUUGAUAUUAAUAAUUUGGAGGAGUACAUUUCUUCAGUCGUUGAUGCAACUGUCAAGACUGGAAUUAUGCGGCAAAUUGAAGCUUUCAGAGCAGGCUUUAAUCAGGUCUUUGACAUUUCAUCUCUGCAAAUAUUUUCUCCUCAUGAACUGGAUUACCUAUUAUGUGGCCGCAGAGAGUUGUGGGAGGCUGAGACGCUGGUUGAUCAUAUAAAAUUUGAUCAUGGAUAUACUGCCAAGAGUCCUGCCAUUGUCAACUUACUAGAAAUAAUGGGAGAAUUCACACCUGAACAGCAGCGUGCCUUCUGCCAGUUUGUAACUGGUGCACCCCGGCUCCCACCUGGUGGUCUGGCUGUGCUGAACCCGAAGCUUACAAUUGUUAGAAAACAUUCUUCAUCAACAACAAACACAACAUCAAAUGGAACGGGACCUUCUGAAUCAGCAGAUGACGACUUACCUAGUGUCAUGACUUGUGCUAAUUACCUCAAGCUUCCUCCUUACUCAACCAAGGAAAUUAUGUAUAAGAAACUACUGUAUGCCAUCAGCGAAGGGCAAGGAUCUUUUGACCUGUCCUGAGCCUCCAAGACUAACCCAAUCUGCUGUUGGUAUACAUUAUCUUGCGACACUUUUCCUGUCGAAUUGCAAUUCCAGGCAUGGGCUAAUUUUGAUAUUCGAAGUUCUGCCCAUUCUACUUAAAGAAACAUGUGCCCUGUGCCAUUCCUUGAGGAGUGUAGAGGUCAGUUUUGUAUUCAUUUUAACGGAUGUCAGGUUGGGAUGUUGUUGGAGUGGCGGGAAUAGGUGGGCAACUAAUGUGUUUUAUUUUUUCCAUUUUUUUCCUUUUGUUCCUGUAAAUUCUCAAUUCAUCUGCACAACUUUAUCUUUGUCACCUUUUUUGUUCUUAAUUCUUCAAUAAUAUAUAGUGGUUUUUAGUGAAGUCUGGUUCAACAGACAGUUGCAAUCAAGGAGAAGCUUUGAAAUGGCAAGGUUGUGGCAUCCGGCCUGCUACUGGUGCCUGUAAAUAAAGUGAAACACCUGGAUUUUUAUUGUUAUCUUUUGUUUCAAUGUUGUUAUUAAUUUUUGCCCAGAGCAUAUUGAUGUACGGACAGGGCUAAAAAUAUAUAUGGUACACUAUCAGUAUAGUCUUCCAAAUUUUUACCAUUUCA